GUGAUUGCUCUAUUCUUAUAUCUCGUUUGUGACCUAAUCAAACGGUUUAAUCCGCCGAUGCAAGAUGGCGCGUUGGUGUACCGCGGAAGAUUCAUUUUUCUCCUAUUAUUGUAAAUUAGUAUACAUAUAGAGCACGCACCGUGGUGCGAAAGGGGUAAACAUAUCGCCGAGCACCUUUCGCACGGUGAAACUGUUGCGUGUACGUGCAGCCUAGUGUUUCCCGAAGUCGGUGCUUGUUCGACUAUUAAUGUGAGAACGUCCAACUUCCACACAACAAAAUCCAUACACCUGUGUUACGGACAAACUGUAAUCAUGGCGACUAAUGCCACAACGCGGAUAGACGAUCUCGUGCAAAGUGUCACCCUACACAGGCCGAGGAAAUUAUUGUUCUCCGGCUACAUACUGCCAUUCGCGGUAUUGCACUCGAUAUGGAUUUACAGUUGGAUUUUUGUAUAUGGAAUGAACGAGUAUUAUGAAGCGGGCUUAGUAGGCGUUGCGGCCAUCGGCAUGUUUCAGAUUUUCGUGUGUUUGUGUUGCCAGUGGUCCGUGCACGUGCAUACUUUCCUUAAUUGCAGCUCGGAGAAAACACCGAGUAAUGCGACAGUAGCCAAAGUAGUUCCAACACCUAAUAAUGGCAGCUCGGAACUGGUCAAGCUGUACCAUUCGAGCAACCAGGAACCAUGGUUUAUAUUUCAGAAGACCAAGUAUUAUUGGAACCCGACAAAGAAACGCUUCGAUGGCCUUCAAUUUCCUAUUGAUCACUCUGUUAAGCAUUACCGUGAAUGGACAGGGUACUUAAAUGAGAAUGAAAUUGUACACGCAGAGGAUAAAUAUGGCAAAAACAAGCUAGAUAUGGUUGUACCAGAAUUUAUGGAACUGUUCAAAGAAAGAGCGACGGCACCAUUCUUUGUGUUUCAAGUGUUUUGUGUUUCUUUAUGGUGCUUAGAUAAAUAUUGGUAUUAUAGUAUCUUUACAAUUAUUAUGCUCAUUAUGUUCGAAUGCACACUCGUGCAGCAGCAGCUUCGAAACAUGUCUGAGAUAAGAAAAAUGGGGAACAAACCAUAUAUGAUCAUGGUUUAUAGAAAUAGGAGAUGGCGUUCUAUGUUCACCGAUCAGUUAGUACCUGGUGACAUUGUCUCGAUAACAAGAUCUCAGAAUGAUAAUUUAGUGCCAUGUGAUAUGUUACUUUUAAGAGGGCUUUGCGUAGUCGAUGAGAGUAUGCUGACAGGAGAGUCUGUUCCACAAAUGAAAGAACCAGUGGAUGAUGUUGACGAACAGAAACAGCUAGAUAUGGAAUGCGAUAAACUUCAUAUACUCUUCGGUGGCACAAAAGUUGUACAACAUACGGCACCCAUUAAAAGUGUACCUGGCCUUAAAGCUAACGAUAAUGGCUGCGUAGCUUAUGUAUUGCGUACUGGAUUUUCAACAUCACAGGGUAAACUUUUGAGGACAAUAUUGUUUGGAGUGAAGCGUGUUACCGCUAACAAUUUGGAAACGUUCGGCUUCAUUUUAUUUUUGUUAAUCUUUGCAAUCGCAGCGGCUACAUACGUGUGGAUUAAAGGAAGCGAGGAUCCCACAAGAAACAGAUAUAAAUUAUUUUUAGAAUGCACGCUUAUCCUAACGUCAGUUUUUCCACCGGAACUACCGAUCGAAUUAUCGUUAGCUGUUAAUACAUCUUUACUAGCGUUAUCGAAACUCGGUGUGUUUUGCACGGAACCAUUUAGGAUACCUUUUGCCGGAAAAGUGGAAAUUUGUUGUUUCGAUAAGACUGGUACAUUAACCAGCGACAACUUGGUAGUCGAGGGUAUAGCGGGCCUCGAGGGGAAAGCGGAUGUUAUGCAACUUUUUGAUGCGCCUUUAGAAAGUAUACAAGUACUUGCAACGUGUCAUUCGCUUGUGCAAAUCGAUGACGGAAUCGUCGGCGAUCCGCUCGAAAAAGCUACGCUGAGGGCUAUCAGUUGGACCCUGACGAAAAAUGAUACUAUGAUACCCAGGAAGGGAGGCCAGUCGCCCGCUUUGAAAAUUGUACACAGACACCACUUCUCUUCCGCAUUGAAGAGAAUGUCAGUGAUCGCCGGAUACACGACGUCGGGAUCAUCGGAAAAUCAUUACAUGACCACCGUAAAAGGAGCGCCGGAGAUAAUCAAGAACAUGUUAUCGACAGUGCCAGUGAAUUACGACUCGACUUACUUGUCAUUGUCCCGUCGCGGUGCAAGGGUAUUAGCUCUAGCAUAUAGAAAACUCCCUGGUCCUUUAUCGUCCCAAGACUUGAGAGAACUAACGCGAGAAGAUUUAGAAAAGAACCUGACAUUCGCUGGAUUCGUGAUCAUAAGCUGUCCGCUGAAGCCUGAUUCCAAGACUGUUAUCAAAGAGAUAGUGGAUGCCUCGCAUUCGGUUGUUAUGAUAACGGGUGAUAAUCCCCUAACGGCGUGCCACGUAAGUCGCGAAUUAGAGUUCACAAAGAAACCAAAUACCCUUAUACUGACCUUCGUCGAUGACGAGUGGGUCUGGGAGAGCGUCGACAGAGAGAUAAGUCUACUCCUGAGCAUAAAAAACGUUAAACCUGGCAAUGAGAUUUGGAAACAAUAUGCUCUUUGCAUAACGGGAGAGGGUUUAACGUACUUGAAGGAUAACGAUCGGGAACUGCUACGGACAUUCUUGCCGCACAUCGUAAUUUUCGCUAGGUGCGAACCAAAGCAAAAGGAAUUUAUAAUCGUGACUCUGCAGGACCUUGGAUAUUCGACGUUGAUGUGCGGGGACGGUACUAAUGACGUUGGUGCUCUGAAACAUGCCCAAGUGGGAGUCGCUAUCCUUUCUAGUCCACCUGAAAGAGCUUCGAAGCGUAAGCAAGACGAGGCGAAGAACGAAAGCGCAGUAUUAAAUUACUCGUCCCUUAACGGCCCGAGAACGAACGCAAGAGCGUCCAAUAACGCUAGAUACAAUACCAGAAUACAGAAGAUAUUAAAAGAGCUGGACGAGCAGCCUGUAAUCGUUAAGCUCGGCGACGCUUCGAUUGCCGCGCCUUUCACUAGUAAAAUGUCAUCCAUCGAAUGUAUAUGCCAUGUCAUCAAGCAGGGACGAUGCACUUUAGUCACAACUUUGCAGAUGUUCAAAAUAUUAGCAAUUAACGCGCUCGCAGCGGCGUAUAGCCAGUCCGUUCUUUAUUUAGAUGGAAUCAAAUUUAGCGAUGCCCAGGCUACGUUGCAAGGCGGUCUGAUAGCUACGUGCUUUCUGUUUAUAUCGAGAUCAAAGCCGCUGAAAACGUUGUCGCAACAGAGGCCCCUACCGAAUAUUUUCAAUCUGUACACUAUAUCCACCGUGCUGCUUCAAUUCGCUGUACACUUUGUUUCUCUGGUGUAUCUCGUGAGGGAAGCAACCAUACUAUCCCCAAGGAACGAUACGUUGUCGACUAUAUUGGCUACCAAUGUUGCACCUCAGAAUGCCAACAUGAGCGAGCUUACCGAUGACAAAGAUAAACCUUUUGAAGCAAACUUAAUAAACAGCACAGUUUACAUAGUCGCCAUGACAAUCCAAGUGUUUACUUUUGCAAUUAAUUAUCGGGGUUACCCGUACAUGGAGAGUCUAUGGCAACAUAAAUCUUUACUGUACAGUUUUGUAGGUACUAUUGCUGUUAUAUUGGGGUUAUGCGGAUUUGUACCUGAUUUAGCAGCACAAUUUGAAAUUGUGGAAUUCCCAAGUGAUUUCCGUAACCUGUUAGUUGAAGUACUAUUAGCAAAUCUCGUUAUUGCUUAUAUAGCGGACAGAGCCUGUUUACGGCUGUUUGGGGAAGGAAGAUAUCGAAAACUGUGAUCAGAGUACAUUCUCCGUAUUCCACUUCUGAAUUUAAAGACGUGUAGAACAGUAAAUGUGCAAAUUAAUUUUCUUCUCGUUUCACAAAGAAUGAAGUGAUCGCACGUAAUGCUAUUAUUACAUUUUACGGGUACGCUGUCGUCUUACUGCCAUGUGAAAUAACAUUUUGUGAAAGACUGAUGUGAACACCGAUGAAAGACAUCGGUUACUGAAACUAAACGGUACGGACAAUUCUUUGUGAAACAACGUAAUUAAAAUGAUUUAAUAAAAGGGGGGGGGGGGUAAACAUACGUGUAUAUGAGCAUAUGGUAUGUAUGUAUAUUAAUGAGUGUAAGUAUUAUUACGCAAAAUGAGAUAGAACAAAUGAACAGGUAAUGUGAGUAUGUACAGAGAACAGCUAAAUAAUUAUUAUAAAAUUCACGAUUAUUAUGUAUCGAUCGAUUUUCAACCGAUCUAUUUGCAUAUACGAAUGGCCCUAGUUUAUAAAUAGUCAACAAAGCAUAAUAAACUCUUGUACUGUAAUUUAUAAAGAAAAGAAAGCUGCAUUCGAAGAUCUCUUCAUAAACACAUAUUAUCGAAUUCAAUUACACACAAUACUUCGCACUUCUUCCAUUUAGUUUCGGGAUAAAAAAAAAAGAGUUUCAGUUAUAUAAAAAAGGGUUAUACCUACAUUAUUCGUCAUUGUUCAGUUGGAGUGUUCUUAUUACUUAAUUGUAGUCUAGUAAGUUUUUUUUAUUAUCUGUGACAGAAAUUACUUAGGUUUCGUUAUACUGGUUAUGUUCAAAGAGUUAUGUAUUUGGAAAAAAUUUUUUUUAUUUGA